AUGUCAUUCGAAGAAGAAGACAACAACGAAGAAGAAGCGAUGACGAUUGAUAUUCAUCAAAAGCGGCCCUCGCAUUGGGUCGCCGAGGAACUCGUGCACCAAGGUGAAGAGUCGUUUCAAUUUCACCGCGAACCGCGCGUCGGAAAACGAGAAAGUUCUUUAACGCUCUUUCGAAUCGUGAAGAAACUGUUCUUUCCGUCCAAGACUUUGAUGACACAACAACAAACUUCAAUGAAAACGCGGGAAACGAUCGCUCGAGAGAUGCAAAGAGAAGAAGACGAGGAAGCAAACGAUCCAGCAUGUAUUGAGAUGCCUUCGUCGAUUCGCGGAGAUUACUCUUUGUUGUGGUUGCAAAACCUGCUGAAGGAGCACGAACACGAGUCGGAAACGACGCUGGAUCGAGACGUCGUCGGCGCGCACGUGAAGAAUAUGUGCGAGAGUUUCGUGUACGUGAGCGAAGACAAGAAUGAUCCGAGGAAUGGCGGAGAUGCGUUAAGAGAAAGCGCGCGCGAAGUUUUGGAGAUGUGUUGCGUGCAUUUGGGUGCGUUGAAGGAUAUAAAUUGGGAAGAUUUCAGUAGGAGGUUGCAACGGUUGAUGCCGACGGAGCAGUUUUGUUCGAAAGAUGAGGUGUUGAACAAGAUUAAAUUGGAGUUGUUUGAAGCGACGCGACGCAAAAAUCACGCGAUACUUGAUCAGAAAGCGAGAAAGAACAGCGGGAAAUUUAAAAAAGCUUUGAGACAGUUUAUGGAAAGGACGAUGGAUAAAGUGAACUUGGAGCUUGCGAGCGGGAGAGCGACGUCGAUUGAUCAACUCGCGAUGCAUCAUCAAGACGGGUGGUUGAGCAUGAGAAACGCGCACGUGAAUUGGAACAGACGAAAAGGCAUGGCCAGCGUGGUCGGAAUGAGAAAAUGGCCAAAGUGUACGGACGUAAUCGCCGAGGAGGGUGAUUUGGACGUUUUAGUCGGAGCGAAAUCGGAUGACGAAGUCGAAGAAGAAGAGGAAGAAGAGGAGGAGCCGCGACGACAACGCCAACAACAAAAUGAACUUAUACUAUCUGAAAACCGAAGAAAACAGCCAAAUCCGCGUAAAAACUGGUCCGUGCUCGGCAAGAGGAAGGUUAACGAUGUCGAAUCAUCGGAGGAAGUGACGGAGGAUAUUCCUAUGCCGGUCUUACCGCCAAACAAAGGACGCAGCAAGUCGACGUCGAGAGGCAAAUCUUCGAAUGUGACGCCGAUGUUGGAGGAGUUGGCGAACGCCACGCUCCAAGCCGCGAACCGAGAGAAUCAGCAACGAGGAGAACCGAACGUCAUCUCGCAACCGUCCGUGAGAGGCCCAUCGAAGAAGAGAGGUGGAGCUGCUCCUCUUUCCAAUUCGCCGGCGAAGCCAACGGUAGUACUCAAGAACGACGGUUUCGACGCGCUCAAGAAAGCGCUUGAGGAAAGAGAGGCGAGGAAGGAAGCGGAAGCGGAAAAGGCAAAGGCUAUUGCAGAGGAAAGGGCAGCAGAAGCCGCCGUAGAAGAAGAAGAGGAAGAAGAAGAAGAAGAAGAAGAGGAAGAAGAGGAAGAAGAAGAAGAAGAGGAAGAAGUCGACGACGGUUUUGCUCGAUUACGAGCCGAAUUGGAGAAGCGCGAAGAGGAGAAGAAGAAGCAGAAGCCAAAUAGAAGCGGGUGGGCGUUCGUAGGUAAACGAAAGGAACCGGAAAAAGAAGAGAAAGAAACGUUAGAUGAGGACGACGAGGAAGAGGAAAACGACAGCGACAUCAUACCCACGCAGCAAAUCGGCGACGACGACGACGAGAUGCAAGACGCAGACGUGAUUGACUCGCAGCCGCGAGAGAAAAGUAAUAACGUCAGAGGUGGAUUCUUCAAGUUUUUUGGCAACAAGACACCGUCGGUGGCCCAACACCCGGUGAAGCAACCAUCGCCGACGAGAAGCGGAAAAAAUGUGAGGAUUUCUUCUCCGCGAGAGGGAGGAGACGACGAUGGUGAUGAUCUUCCUCAAAUGCAAAUCGACGACGACGACGACGACGACGAAGAUGAGCCGACCGCCUUCAACGAGCAAAAGAUUGCCCUCGUUCCCAUGGUGGUGCAACAACAAAGCUACCAAUCUCCACCAAAACCGCAACAGCCGAAACUGCGAGUACAAUCGCCGCCACACCAAUAUCACCAGCAAAGAGCAUCGCCUCCGCAACAAGCAGCGCGACGAGUCACUGGCAAAUUCUCCGAGGAAGAAGUUCUCGCCGUCAUCCGAGGCGUCGAAACGUACGGUCUGGGGAAGUGGAAACUCAUUCGAGAAUCCUCCUCCGACGGCGUCCUCCUCGGCCGAACGCCCGUGGAUAUCAAAGACAAGUACCGAAACUUGAAAUCUUCAGAUUUGAAGCGCGUUUUAACCGGCGUCGUCCCGAGAAGUGCGAGCUACCCGUUCGUCGAGGAACACUUCGAGAAGGUGAGAAGGGCGGCCGAGGAGGCACAUUAG